AUUUUGGGCGGUAUUUGUUAGAGAUCGUUGUCCUUAUCCAACGACGGUUCCUAAAGGAUAUGCCCGACGUGUGGCCGGUAACCAACGCCUCCACUUACACUUCAUUUCCAAUCGCACUGCAACCAUUUUUGCUCCCAUGACUAGUCUCAGUAUCAGGAUGGCUAGUCUCGCCAUUAACACCAGAAGAAUCAUACCUUCCCUCUCACCCAAACCCAUCACAAUCCCAUCUUCUUUUUUCACAAAAUCAGCAACAAACCUCACUAAAAUCCUCACACUUCCACCCAAUUCGGUUUCCGAAAGCUCGGUUUCAUUACCCGUGGGAGCCCUUGACGACGACGACGAAGAUGAUGAUCCAACUGCAGAAUUGAGUUAUCUUGACCCCGAAACUGAUCCAGAGAGCAUUACUGAAUGGGAAUUGGAUUUUUGCUCCAGACCUAUUCUCGAUAUUAGAGGGAAGAAGAUUUGGGAGCUUGUUGCUUGUGAUAGCUCUUUGUCCCUUCAGUAUACCAAAUACUUUCCUAAUAAUGUUAUUAACAGUAUCACUUUGAAGGAUGCAAUUGUGUCCAUUUGUGAUGAAUUGGAUGUGCCUUUGCCAGAUAGAAUCAGAUUCUUCAGGUCACAAAUGCAGACAAUCAUUACUAAAGCCUGCAAAGAGCUUGGUAUAAAGCCAAUUCCUAGCAAACGGUGUUUGUCUCUCCUUCUUUGGCUUGAAGAACGCUAUGAAACUGUAUAUACUCGACACCCGGGUUUCCAGAAAGGAUCAAAGCCUCUCCUUGCACUUGAUAACCCUUUUCCUAUGGAUCUUCCUGAUAGUUUGUAUGGAGAGAAAUGGGCAUUUGUUCAGUUACCUUUUUCAGAUGUUAAGAAGGAGCUGGAAACACUAGAAAAAUCAUUUAACUUUGGUGCAACUCUUGAUUUGGAUCUUUUGGGGAUAGAAAUAGAUGACGAGACAUUAAUUCCUGGCCUUGCAGUGGCAUCUUCACGUGCUAGACCAUUAGCAGCUUGGAUGAAUGGGUUAGAAGUGUGUUCAAUCGAAGUGGACUUGGCUCGUGGUGAUUUGGUUCUAGCGGUGGGGAUUUCAACACGUUAUGUUUAUGCCUCGUAUAAGAGAUCACCCGAGACUACAGGUGAAGCUGAAGCUUGGGAAGCAGCAAAGAAGACAAGUGGAGGCUUACAUUUCCUAGCAAUUCAAGAUAAUUUGGAUUCCGAUGAUUGCGUAGGAUUUUGGUUGUUAUUGGAUUUGCCACCAUCACCCGUGUGAAUUGUGAUACUUCAUUUCUUUGUUUUUAAGCAGAACCUCAUUAUUAUGUUUUUCCCUGUUGUCUACUAUUAUACAUAGAGAAUGAGCAUGACUUAGGUGUUGUUUCUUUUUUACUUAAUGGGCUUAAUAGGG